UGUUUGUAGGUUUAAGCUCCAUGUGAUUGUUCAGGAUGACACAGGAGAAACAAAACUGAUGUUACUUGACCAAAUUGCCAAGGGAAUGAUCGUCGAGUCGGCGGCGACUCUCUUGAAUGGAUCAUUUGAUGAGCUUGAGGAUCCUACAGAUUUGCCUGACGCCAUCCUUGCUGUUGUUGGAAAGACUUUCACAUUUGGACUAUCUGUGGAAAAGGAACAUGUUUUGUAUGGAUCUGAAAUCUACAAGGUUGGGAAAAUCUACCGUGAAAGUCAGAUUGUUUUCACUGAGUCAACCAAUGUUGAGAGUUCAGAGUCUGAUCAAGAUCUCGCUCUUACAAGUGGAGAAGAGAACUCUGUCAAUCUCCUUGACAAUGAAGAACACAGUGAGGGAAUGGCAACGCCAUCAACCACACCAUCCACGAAGAGAAAGGGAGAAUGGUCAGACCCACCACCAGAUAUCAUUUCGACUUCAAAGAAUCUUCGCUUAAAAACUAUCAAGGUGGAGAAGAUGAGUGAUUUGGAGAAGAUGAGUGGCAAGAAGACCUAA